AUGUGGGCCCUCGUCCUUGUCUCGGCCGGGUCCGUCUUCUUCCCUGGACUCUUCCUGUUGUCCAAACUGACCCUGAGACGCAUGAUGGGAUGGAGUGAAGGGGAAGCUGCUGUCGUGUCCACACGUCUGGUGUCGUCCGUCCAAGCCGUCAUGGCCUCGUCAGCUGGAUCUGUCAUCAUCUCUUCCUGCAGGGACGUGAUGGAGGACAGACACUGGCUGACCGACUCCUACAUCCUGUUUGCCACGCCUUACUUUGCCUAUGACGUCUACGCCAUGUUCCUGUGUCACCGGCACAAGCUGCAGGUCAAAGGUCACGAGCAGGAGCAGGUGUCGGUGGGGGGUUACCUGCGCACAGAGCUUCUCAUGGUGCUGCAUCACGUCUUCAUGGUGACCUUCUGCUUCCCUGCCUCACUGCUGUGGAGACAAGGGAAAGGUGAUUACUUCCAGGGUGUUUUGUUUCUGGCUGAGCUCAGCACACCGUCCGUCUGUCUGGGGAAAGUCCUCAUCCAGUACAAGAAACAACAAACUCUUCUGCACAAAGUCAACGGAGUCUUGAUGCUCUUCACCUUCUUCAGCUGCCGGGUUUUACUCUUCCCCUACUUGUACUACGCCUACAGCAGGUACAUUUCCAUGCCUGUGUACUUGGUGCCCCUGGUGGCCCCGUGGCAGUGUAACCUGGGAGCCGCUCUGCUGUGGCCCCUGCAGCUCUACUGGUUUGGCCUGAUCUGCAGAGGGGCCCUCCGCCUGCUCCACCAGCGCUCAAACACUCCACCCAGAUCCUUCCCUCUCUCAGGAGGCGGAGACAGAAACUGUGCUGCAGCGACAUGA